UUGAAGCCCAAAGGUUAUUAUUGAAGCCCAAAAUGCUGUAGGGAAGCCUUUAGCACAUUAUAACUUAUAAGAAAUCGGCAGUGAAUCACUACAAAAAAAAAUCAGCAUAAAAUUUGCAGUAAAAUCGCAAACUCCAUUCAUCCCUUUCUUCAGAUCCAAUCUCACCGUCGAUUAAGGAUGAUGAGCAGAAGAGCUGCUGUUUCUGCAAUCGAUCUCAUUCAUGGAAGAGGAUUUCUCAAUCGAUCCUCGCAGAAAUCGGGUAUUCUCUCUCCUGUAUUCUCUCUCUUUUCUUCCAAGGCUUUUCAACCUAAGCAGUCCGGAAUCGAUUUCAAUUGUGUUAAAAAGCUUGACGAUGCUAUUGAAUUGUUUCGAAAAAUGAAGAGUAUGCGGCGGGAGCCUUCUGUUCGAAUGUACAACAAUCUUUUGAGUGUUACUGCAAAGAUUGAGCAGUAUUCUUUUGCCCUUUAUAUGUUUGGUGAAAUGCUUAGGAUGGGUGUCCGGGUUAAUGAUUACACCAUGAGUAUUUCUGUUAACUGUUGUUGUCGCUUGAAAGAUAUAUACUCUGGUUUUUCUAUAACGGGAUUCUUUUUCAAGAUUGGUUACGAACCAAAUGCCGUGACUAUCGCCACUCUCAUUAAUGGGUUUUUCUUAGUUGGUAAGGAGGCUGAAGCCGUGAAUUUGUUUGAAAAGGUUCUGGAUUUAAAACUUUGUGAACCUCAUGCUAUUAUGAUUCUGCACGUGAUAGAUGGGUUGUGCAAAGCUGGACUGGUCAUUGCAGCCCAUGAUUGGCUUCAUAGAUUAGAAAGUAGUGGGUGGAGUCCCGAUGUUAAGGCUUAUAAUGCACUAAUUGAUGGAUUCUGUAAGGAAGGAAGAAUGAAAGAGGCUGGGAAUUUGUUGGAAAGUAUGGCGCAACAAAAAGUUUCACCCAAUGUCAUCACUUUCAACACAUUGAUUGAUGCAUAUUGUAAAGAAGGAAAGAUGGAAGCGGCUGAGAGAAUGUUGGAAAUUAUGACGCAAGAAAAUGUUUAUCCUGAUGUUUUCACUUUCAACACAUUGAUUCAUGCAUAUUGUAAAGUAGGAAAGAAGGAAGCGGCCGAGAAGAUGUUGGAAACUAUGAUGCAACAUAAUAUUUGUCCCGACUUGUAUACUUAUAAUAUAUUAUUGGAUGAGCUGUCCAAGCGUGGGAUGGGUGAUGAAGCUCGGCUUUUGUUGUCCGAGAUGGUGGAGAAGGGCGUCUCGCCUGAUGUUGUCUCGUGCAACAUAUUGAUAGAUGGAUAUUGCUCGCAGGGUGAGAUGAUUAGAGCCAGAGAGCUCUUCGAUUCAAUGGCAAACACUGGAAUCAAGCACGAUAUAUUCACCUAUAAUAUCUUAUUGAAUUGGCUGUCCAAGCGUGGGAUGGGUGAUGAAGCUCGGCUUUUGUUGUCCGAGAUGGUGGAGAAGGGCGUCUCGCCUGAUGUUGUCUCGUGCAACAUAUUGAUAGAUGGAUAUUGCUCGCAGGGUGAGAUGAUUAGAGCCAGAGAGCUCUUCGAUUCAAUGGCAAACACUGGAAUCAAGCAUGACAUAUUCACCUAUGGUAUCUUUAUUAAGGGAUACUGCAAGGCGGGAAACCUUGAUGAAGCAUGGCGUUUCUUUGAUGUAAUCCCGCUUGUAGGUCUCAAGCACUCCACCGUGUCGUACAACACGAUGAUGCACGGGCUAAUACGCCAAAGUAGUUUUUUAGAUGGAUGGAAGCUUUUCCAGGAUAUGGAAGCUCAAAAGCUGCAUCCGGAUAUGCACACCUACAACAUCUUGUUAGAUGGCUUCUGUAGGAUCAGUCGGAUUAAUGAGGCGUUUGCGUUUUUGAGGGUUAUGGAGGCUAAAGGGGUGAAUCCUGAUAUUGUAACGUACGGUGUUAUGAUCAACGGCUUGUGCAAGGGCGGCAGACUUGAUGAUGCUAUGAGGCUCUUCAACCAUCUCUGUUCCAAGGGCUUAAAUCCAAAUGUGGUAAUCUACAACAUGAUGCUCGAUUCCCUUUACCGUGAAGGGCGUGAAGGGGAGGCGAAGAGGUUGAUGGAGGAGAUGGAGAAGAGUGGCUGCGCGCCUGAUGGCAUGACCUUCAACAUUAUAGUGUGGAAUCUUCUGAAGAGCAAUAAGAUGUGUGAGGCGAUUCCUUUCUUGGAGGAGAUGUGCAGGAGAGGAUUCAAGGUUUCUUCGGAGAUCAUAUCUGUUUUGCUUCAGGAACUAAGAAUACGAGAAGGAAAAGAUGAUAAAUUGCAAGAGGUUGUUAAGAAAGUUUGUGCUCAAAAUUGACAAGUGAAUGCUAUGUCUUUGCUGAGCUUCAUGGGAGGCCAAUUCUCAAGGUGGAGCAAUUGCAACGGAUGAGUACUGGAGAGUGGAGACGUUGGAGGACGUGGCGUCAGCCUAUGGCUGUCGUAUGACAGCUCGCUCCGACAGAGCUGCAGUUGGUCUCAUUGAGUCUCUGCUGCUUCUUCUCUCGAGUCUGAGGUGAGUUAUCCGCAGAGAGGGUCUCAAUCUACUCUGCUUUUCUUUUGUCUCUAACAUUUGGAUCAUUCAAGGGUUGUGCGAUGUUGGUAUAUUACAAAUGCUUUUGUACGUUUACAAUAAAAAAAUGUUGUGGUGAAGGGCUAGUAUUCUGUCCCCAAAUUUGUUUGAGACUGUCUCAUGGGUCAAGAUUCAGAUUGAAACACUAUAUUGGAGUGGUUCAAAUAAAUUCAAAUAUAUAUUGUAUAAAA